GGGCACGCGGCGCUGGGUGUGUCUGCGUGCACGGCCCCGCUCACGCUGCCGGGGGAUUUCAAGGCGAGCAUUCGGAGCUGCCUUCCAACGGGGCAGCGUGGGCAGCCAGGCUGAAGCGUGCGUAAACUUCCUGAUAGAAGAAUCUGAGCAGAAAAGAAACGCUCUGCUGCUUUUGCCGUAGUCUUUGGCAGCUGUGAAACCCUCCGCAGCGGAUCCUGCUCACGGCAGGACUUCCUGUGCCCUGGACCCGCUCGAUGAGGUGCUUGUGGCUUCUGCCCUCGCUCACCUCGCUGUGAUCCCUCUCGCAGCACACCACGAGUGCACGGCUCCGCUCGCCGAGCGAGGAGCCGCGCCGGGAAGACCAUCUCCACAGGAUGUUCUCUCCACCAAAGAGCUCCCUGUAACUGGCGACGAUGACAAUCCCGGCGGGACCUCGGAAAGCACUAACGUUUCCGUAGCCCAGCACCCGUGGGUGGCCGCUUCUCCCUCCUUCUCCACGCCCCUCCCUCCCAUCGCACCGGGAUGGUGUAUUAACCAAGGAGAGCCCCGCUUCUUUUCUCCUCGCCCCUCAACUUUCGGCAGCUCUGGGAUUUGUAUGGCAGCAGCGUAACCGUGGAGAGGCCGGGGUAUCACAAACUUAUGGAUUUUGAUAAGAGAGGAGGGAAAGGGGAGCUGGAGGAAGGUAAAAGGAUGUCCAAGACGGGUGGAGGAAGGAGCAGUCAUGGAAGCCGGAGUGCUGGAACCAACUCGGGAGUCUUAAUGGUGGGUCCCAACUUCCGCGUCGGCAAGAAGAUUGGAUGCGGCAAUUUCGGGGAGCUCCGUCUAGGAAAGAACCUCUACACCAACGAAUACGUAGCUAUCAAAUUGGAACCCAUAAAGUCCCGGGCCCCCCAGCUGCACCUGGAGUAUCGGUUCUACAAGCAGCUUGGCAAUGCAGAAGGAAUUCCUCAGGUUUACUACUUUGGCCCCUGCGGGAAGUACAACGCCAUGGUGUUGGAGCUGCUCGGCCCCAGCCUGGAAGAUCUCUUUGAUCUGUGUGAUCGCACCUUCACGCUCAAGACCGUCCUGAUGAUCGCAAUCCAGCUGAUCACGCGGAUGGAGUACGUCCACACCAAAAGCCUGAUCUACAGAGACGUCAAGCCAGAGAACUUCCUGGUGGGGCGGCCGGGCAGCAAGCGGCAGCACACCAUCCACAUCAUCGAUUUUGGCCUGGCCAAAGAGUAUAUAGACCCCGAGACCAAAAAACACAUCCCCUACCGAGAGCACAAGAGCCUGACGGGGACAGCACGCUACAUGAGCAUCAACACCCACCUGGGGAAAGAACAAAGCCGCAGGGACGACUUGGAAGCGUUAGGACACAUGUUUAUGUACUUCCUCCGCGGGAGCCUUCCUUGGCAAGGCCUCAAGGCCGACACGCUAAAGGAGAGGUAUCAGAAGAUCGGCGACACCAAAAGAGCCACUCCCGUGGAGGUGCUCUGUGAGAACUUCCCAGAGGAGAUGGCCACGUACUUGCGCUACGUGCGGCGGCUGGAUUUCUUCGAGAAGCCCGACUAUGACUACCUGCGGAAGCUCUUCACAGACUUGUUCGAGAGGAACGGUUACGUGUUCGACUACGAAUACGACUGGGCAGGGAAACCGCUGCCCACCCCCAUCGGCACGAUGCACAGCGAGGUGCAGGUGCAGCCCCCGAACAGAGACAAAGCACAGCCACACACCAAACACCAGGUGAUGAGCUCCACCAACGGAGAGCUGAACACAGAUGACCCGACUGCAGGACAUUCGAACGCCCCCAUCACAGCCCCCACCGAGGUGGAGGUGACAGACGAUACAAAGUGCUGCUGUUUCUUCAAGAGAAGGAAGAGGAAAACCACCAAGCGUCGCAAGUGAGCUGCCGGGGCCGGGUGGAGCGGCGUGCGCGAGGGCUCCUCUCCCUCUGGCCGUGGCUGGAUCUUGACCCGUGGAGCCGGCGGCGGCGGCCCCUCGGUUUGGACGGGGCUGGGGCCGAGCCAGCUGGCCUCCCCCGGUGCCCCACGCGCAGGCGGGGAGCGGGGCCUCCCCAAACUGCUUGUCCUUUCCUCCGCCACUCGCCCAGUGCGUGGCCGUUUACUCGAACCAAGCCCGACUUCGCUGAAGUUCCUGCGUCCGUCUAAAAGAAAAAAAGAAAAAAGAAACGGAAACAAAUCCACAGCGUCACUUGCUUCUGAGUCUAUACCUAGUUUGAAACGGGGAUCAACUCUACAGACUCUAAAACGUCGCUGUCUUAGAAGAAGCAGAAGACAAUUUCGAGAGCAGUGGGCUAAGGAGGAAUUUUUUUUUUCUGUUGCUUCUUUGUCUCUUAAGUUAAUUUAAAGUGAGUCUCGGUGCAGAGUGCUGAGUUGUCAGUCUUUGACCGUCAUCUUCAGUGUUACCGAAUUCUGCUCUUUCGUUAGGGCCCCUUGCCCCUGUCCCCCAUUAGGUUUCCCCUCCCCUUUCGUUAAUGCCUGUGGUGACGAGCGCUGUGGUCUCUGGUACGGCGAGAAGUGCUGGGUGCGUGCGGGGCGGGGAGGGGGGAAAAAUGCGUUUACACUUCUUUUUACGAUGCACUUUUGCUAGCAAUACAAGUGAUGUUUGGUCUUGCCAUGAACAGCCAGUGACUCCCGGGGGCAGGGGGCACCGGGACAGGACCGAGCCGGUGUCAGGCAGCACCAGAGGGACCCGUGAGAGCACAUUUCAGAGCUUGGAAGGAAAAGCAUCUCCUCUCUGACGCUGUGAUGUCUUAGGGCUGGAUUUGUUUCCUCAGCAGCUUUAGGUCUGUCAGGCAGCACAGGGCAGGUCCUGUGGCAGCGUUUUAUUGGCCUGGAUUUUACAGCCCCCGUGCCGUGUGUCCGAGCCCCUCGGGGUGAUGGCAGGCACAGGGUGAGGGCGCAGGGCCUCAUGCCAAGGUGGGCAGGGAGGCACUUGGCGACGGUGACUGGGUGGCGAAGGGCACCGGGACGGCCAGCGCUGCCACAGCCACCGGCCCGGCAGCCUCUGCCCGCUCCCCGCUGCCUCCCACAGGGGGGCCGGGUCUGAUUCUGCCAGGGGAGUGGGGGGUAACGAGGGAGGGAGGGAGGGGACCGGGUUUUUUUUAGCCAUCGUCUCACCCACACACGCAGACCCCCAGACACCCUGUUCCUCACCACCCCAGGGCCACUGCAGCUUUCCCACGUGACUGACCCCGCGCUGUUGUGUGUAUUGAUCACCACACAUUGGAGGGGGGGAGGGAGGGGCACGCUUAUCUUUACCAAAACCCUGUUGUUCUACCCCGAGAGCGGGGCUGAGGCUGUGCUGAGGCUUCUGGGGAGGGUGGGGGUGGGGGAAAAUGGGAACAUCUGUGGCUGCUUUGAAGCAUUUGUCCAAACCGAGCAUCUCGGGAGGGAGGGGAGGCCCCAAAUAGCACGAGGGGCUGCACCAGCCCACGGGGGUGCUCACCCUUCCUGCCCCAGCACCCAUCAGGCACCUGUGGCCCCAAGGGAGGGCGCAGCACCACAGCCCCGCUUCUGCCUGAAUUCAGGAUUGAACCCAGCUUUGGCUUCUGGGCUGCAGCAGCCAGGGCAGCCCCAGCUGCUGCCGCAUCCCCUGGCCGCGGUGGGGAACGAUGUGCGGUGUUUGCCCUCACCUCCCCACCAAGGCAAAGAAUCGAAACAAAACAAAACAAAAAAAUCGCCUUAAAUCUUCACUGGAAGUGGACCCUUCUCAGAGCAUCGGCUCAGACAAACCCAAGCAGAGGCUGAAGAGGAGCCGCGGAGGGGCAGGGACACGGCCGAGGGUGUUUGCCUGACUCCAGCUGCUCACCCGCUGCCGCCAGCAGCUGCGAGGGGGGGGCCAGUGCUGCAGCCCCCAGGACUCCCUGUCCUUCCAGCACGGAGUCCAAAUACUGAGAUUGUACGUGAGGGCGUUUGUUCCAUUGCAAGUUUAGUUACUGCUUUAAAACAAAGUGUACAGAAAUGGCAUUUAAAUUUCUCUGAUGCUUCUUUGAAGCCAUAGAACUUAGGGGCUCUUGUUUUUUUUUAAUAAAAAAUAUAAAAUAAAAAUAAUAAUAAAAAAAAUCUUUAAAACCCUC